AUGAUGAUAUUCAUUGUGUUACUCGGUUGUGUAGCAUCGAUCGUUGCUACGACGUGUCCCUCUGGUAUGGCGAUUGCUUCUAAUGUAGCGACUAAAACAAUUCCAGCUACACUUCCACAAUUUCUGAGCAUUGUUGGUAGUUUCUUAAAUAGUUCAUGGUACAGCACACUUGGCCCAAUAUCAUUCGGAGCAGACAAUCAAGUUGGAACUAUUCGUACAACAGUAGAUUUUACUAAUAAUAGUCGUUUAUAUAAUGAGACUUUGAUGAUUUACAAUUUAAAUUCAACUUAUUUUGAGCAAAUAUGGAAAGGACCGGGUAAUGAAGGUGUAUUUAUUCCUCUUGGUGAUUUUAAUCUUGGCUCCUAUGUCGAAUAUCUGAAUGGACAAAGUACGUGUGGUGGUUCAGCCGUAAUUGUUAACUUUGGUAGUGACUCUUGUGUUACAAAUGUGACUUUGGCUGUACCGGCAUUGACUGCUAAUCAUAUGUGGGGCAUUGAACAAGUGCAGAGUUUACUCAAAAUAGGCAACUUUACAAAGUGUAGUGCAGUUGCAAAUUCGAUGAAAUUCAACAGUUUAUUCAUAUACAUUUCAUUCGGUAUUAUAUUCAAAUUUUACGUACGAAUUUGA